CGCCACCACCUUCAAGAUCCACCCCAUCGUUCCAUCCUUUUGUUCGGUGCCACUAACGACCGCGGCACACACACACUGGAGCAAAGGAGGAGUAAAGAAUUCUGUUACUCUGUGUCCUGCAUCCUUUCCUGCAUCGCCAAAAAGGGAAAAGGGAUGACAAACUUAAAGGGACUAAUGAGCCCGACCGGGACAAACACAUUACCACUACAAGCGGACGCGCACACACCCACACACACACAUACACCCAUAGAUACUCUCAUGGAAGGUAUACAAUGGCCCGGAAUCACUGCAGUCACUGGCAAUGAUGAGCUCCAAGCGCGCGCUGAUGAUGAGAGAUCAAGGACACUCGAACGAACAAAGGAGGCGCAGAAGAAAACUGGCUGACUGGCUCGCUAGCAACGGCGAGAGAGAGAGAGAGAAAAGAGCUAGAAAGAGUGAGAGCGAGACAACAGAAGGAAAAUUGGCGCAUCUCUGGGGGGAGGGUGGUGUCCAUCGGUACGGUACGGUAGGAUAAAAGUGGACCCCCAGAACCCGCUUGUGCUGCUGCUGCUGCUCCUGCCGCCCCGCCGUCACCGUCAGGGAUGCUGGAAUCUAUUUAAGACCGCGCGGCCACCGGGAAAUGGCUCAGUUCAACGUUCCAUUUCGGCCGUGAAUGAUCGCGUUGCUAUGCUCGUCAUGCGCGUGUGUGUAAAUUGUGUGUGUGGAAAAUUUAAAUUUACACUCUAAGGAUACAGCAGGCUUAUCGGUUAAAGCAGGCUUCAUCCAACCAAGCUCGAUCGAUCAGGCCCAACAAAAACCUCUAAUGAUCAACGGUGAUCGGUGGGCGUUCGGUCGGUGGUGGUAUUGUGCCGGGCCUGCUUCGAUCCGGUGUGACCAAACCGUUGCCCUGGACAGAUAAUGAACCUCUCGCAGUGUUGAUGUUGCUGUUGGUGUGCUAGAGAAUCAUUAAAAAAAAAUAAUAUUUGUGAAACCAAAUUGAAACCGCGUGUCUGUGUGUGUGCAUUGCAAAACUUCCAGCAGCCAACGGAUAGCAAUAAGGAUAGCAGUUUGUUUCUCCCAUCAUAACGUUAUUAUUAGCAGACAAGUGACAUGCUGGUGCAGUAUGCGAUAGGUGGACUGCUACUGAUGGUGGCACAAUGCGUUCGGGAAAUCAAUGGCGAGUAUCAAACCAGUCUCACGUUCAACGAUAUCCUGCCGGAGGACCCGAAGCUGUACGACAAGAUGCGCCCGCCGAAGAAGGAGGGCCAGCCGACGAUCGUGUUCUUCCACGUCACCGUCAUGGGGCUGGACUCGAUCGAUGAAAACUCGAUGACGUACGCGGCGGACAUCUUUUUCGCCCAGACGUGGAAGGACCACCGGUUGCGGCUGCCGGAAAACAUGACGUCCGAGUACCGGCUGCUCGAGGUGGACUGGCUGAAGAACAUGUGGCGGCCGGACUCGUUCUUCAAGAAUGCCAAAUCCGUCACCUUCCAGACGAUGACCAUCCCGAACCACUACAUGUGGCUGUACAAGGACAAAACGAUCCUGUACAUGGUGAAGCUGACGCUGAAGCUGUCCUGCGCGAUGAACUUCCUGAUCUACCCGCACGACACGCAGGAGUGCAAGCUGCAGAUGGAAAGCCUUUCCCACACGACCGACGAUUUGGUGUUCCAGUGGGAUUUGGAGGUGCCGCUGGUGGUGGAUGCGCACAUCGAGCUGCCGCAGUUGGCGCUGGUCAAGAACUAUACGGCCGACUGCACCCAGGUGUACUCGACCGGGAACUUCACCUGUCUGGAGGUGGUGUUUGUGUUGAAGCGACGCCUCGGCUACUAUCUGUUCCACACCUACAUUCCGACCUGUCUGAUCGUCAUCAUGUCGUGGGUUUCGUUCUGGAUCAAACCGGAGGCGGCCCCGGCCCGGGUUACGCUCGGCGUCACGUCCCUGCUAACCCUCAGCACGCAGCACGCCAAAUCGCAGGCAUCGCUGCCGCCCGUCUCCUACCUGAAGGCGGUCGACGCGUUCAUGUCCGUCUGUACCGUGUUCGUGUUUAUGGCGCUGAUGGAGUACUGUCUGGUGAACAUUGUGCUGGGCGAUUCGGAUCCACCGUCGCCGCCGAAACCGCACCCGCCCAAGAUGGACAAGUUUUUCGACUUUACCGCGAAAAACGGCAAGCGCAACAGCAAAUCGCACGAGCAUCCGCACGACAUACCGAUCACCACGUUCCAGCGGCAGGAAAGCACGCUGCUGCUGUCGCCCGUACCGCACAUCCAGACGAUACCGCCACCGCCGUGCAAGCCGGCCUCGGCCAUACCGAAGCUGACGCCCGCCCAGAUGCGGCUCAAGCGGGCGAUCAACAUCGAUCGGUUUUCGCGCGUCUUUUUCCCCUUUCUCUUCACGCUGCUGAACGUCACGUACUGGAUCAUGUUUUACGAGUAUAUUUAAGCACGGGGUUUUUGCAGGUGUUUUAAGGGGAAGGGGGACGUUGGUUGGGGGGGUGCUAAAUGAUAGAUAUCCCGCAUUCCAUGCUUAUUUAUUAAUGUGUUUAUUCGUAGCGAUAGAGAGAACGCUUGACGGAAUGCUAACGAGAAAUGGUUAUAUUACACUAGCUAAAAACAAAAACACUUAGCUUAGAUUGUAGAAGCGCACAACGCGCUCACCAGCGGAAGAAGGAAAAGGAGAAACUUGUAAAUUAUUAAAUACACCGUACGCCUCCAUGCAAAAGGAUUUCAAGUAGUCAAACAGAAGCGGUAGAGUGGUUGCAUAAAGAUAAGAAAGUAGCAUUGAUAGGAAUCUAGGGACGAUGGGGCGAAACCAAACCACUCCAAACACCACUCUGGUGUUGGGUCACGCUCCCCGUUUGAGCUUAUGGGAGACCAGGCGACUCCUUCAAUCCAAAGUCACCGCGCGGGAUAACCCGACAUAAGAUGCCAAAUAUUAAGCCUACAGAUAAGACGCUCUAGUGUGUUUCAUUAGUAUAUUAGUGCCGUGCAAUUGUUACACUUUAAGCAGCUCCAAUUGUCCAAUGACGCCAUUAAUAAUGUAUUGUUACGAAUAGAAUCUGAAGCUACACGCACAUAGGGUAACUGUACCAGUUUUCGGCAGUGUACCUAUUUUCGGCAGGGUAGCUAAAAACGUGAAAUUCUGCACAAAUGCGGUAAAAAAUUUCACAAAAUACAAUUUUGUAGUGAAGGUGUACUUAUUUGAUAUUCACAUACGAAGUUUCACACCAUUUCAUUACGUAUUUUCCAAAAUAUCAAAUAAAUUGUGCUUUUUUUCGGCAGCUUUGCUGUCAGCCACUCGUUCGGCAGGUUUUGUGAUUAAGAGAAUCAGAACAGUAAAACAAUGAAAAAGUGGUGUAUAUUAAAGAUUUUAUGCUUAUUUAAUUUAUUCUAACUUGUUCGGAAUUUUAAAAUCGCGAUAAACAGGUUAUUUUUCACUUUAAAUGCUGCCGAAAAUAGGUACACAGUAAAUGUUCAUUUUUGACAGCUCAAUGUUGUGGGCUCGUGCCGAAACUCGGAACAAUAACACACUUUGAAUUUGGCUGAAUAUUCCUUUUAAAAUUGAUCAGAACACUACAAUGCGUAUGUCGACACAUAAUAUGACCUUUCUUGUACCAAAUAUCACCAAUUUUACGACAAACAAUGCACUAACUUAAGAGAAAAAUAAAUAUUUGUAAGCCAGUUCGCACCGUACGCUAUAACCAUCAAACUGUCAAUGGCUGCUCUGUUUAAACGUCGCAUCAAAAUGGCUGUCAAAACGGGCCAAAAUAAGCAACAUAAAAUUAAUAAUUAAAGUGCUUUUUAACACCAAUCUUAGGAAAGUAAGAGUGUUAAAUUGCUUUAAACAUUUUUUUUUGUACAUAUUCACAUUGAUACAAACAUUUUCUGACCCGUAUUCGCGCUGCCGAAAAUAGGAACACAGCCUGCCGAAAAUAGGAACAAACUGCCGAAAAUAGGAGCAAAAUCAAUGUUUGCAUUUUCACGAAUAUUUAUGAAAAAGGACUUUGAACCGGCAAAUUAAAAAUAUUGUAACAUACUAUGAUAGUUUAUCAACCAGAAUAACAACACUUUCAAGAAAAAUAAUGAAAAAUAUUGAUGUGUGAGCAAUUUUUGUGAAACUGCUGCACUAGCCUGCCGAAAACUGGUACAGUUACCCUACUCACACCUAGUUUGUAUUAAUUUGUGUUUUUUUCCUCUUUCCAAUAGGUAAAUAUAGUGUCACUGUAUUGCACAACCGAGGCGUUGUACAAACGGUUACAAAACAGGCAAAAAAUAACGAUAUUAAACGCAAGCUAAGAAUACUACUUACCGACAGUUAAAUUGUAAGCGUAGUAAAAACCCAUCUGACGCUACUAUCGUAACAUGAUUCUCAAUAAAGUAAGAAGAAAAAA